AUUAAAACGUAGUUUAAAAUAAAUAAUAAUCUUGAAUAGCCAACUAAACAAAAAUUGCGAAAGAAAAAUCUAAGGCUAAGGUAAAUAGAAAUUGUACACAUGUGCUUCAGGCAACUUCAGCACAGGACAGUAGAUCUACAGAAAACAUUAAUUACAUUGCGUAACUCAAAGUUAAACUGUAAUCUAAAGUGGACUAAAUCUAAUAGAUAUACUAAACUGAAGAAGAAGAAUCUGCUAGGAAGACAUAAGUCAGCAAGAAAUGGACAACAUAGAUAAAACUCUAUCAACCUGCUUUCAAGAAGUCCAGAAUUUUAUGAAGGUACUAGAGCUGUCAAAAAGUGAUGAACAUGUUUGGAUUAAUUCACUUGAGCAACUUGAGUCAAAAAUGGGCCUACACGGUAUUGAAAUACUGCAAGCUAUGAAUAUAUUGGUAACCUUCUGCUCGUCAUUGACUGUAUUAAAAAAUCUGAUGCAAGUAUUUGUUAGGAAAGUUACUUUACUAAUGGACAAGUUGAAUUUGAUCUCAGAUGAGCAACAGUCACAGGACACAUGGAAACUUGUUCAAAAUUUCUGGUCUUUGUGUGAUAAUCGGCAUAUGCAAUUAUCUGGAAUGGCUUAUGGCUAUACUGCAGAGUUCUAUGAAACACUGCCUUCCCUUGCUUCAAUUUUUAUUGAUUUGUUUAUAGCAGCCAACAGGUCAAAGAAAAAACUGAGAAGGCUUUCUAAGAAACUUUUUGGUUGGUUGAAAUUUGAGUUGAAUGAAAGAUGUUUGAAAACUGCACUGCUAGAAGUUUCUGAGCAUUCACCAGUGGGGGCUUCAAUAGUUUUUCCUAUUUUAAAAAAACUCCUAUCUCAGCCACUAGGUUUUACAGACAAUUUGGAUUAUUUACUGCAUAUUGUGCUGCUGAAGAGCUGGCUUCCUGUGUGUGAUCAACUGAAAGAAAUAGCAGAGACCAGCAAAAGUUUAAAAGCUCCUGAAACAUUUGUACAGUGGCUGAAAGAAAAAUGGAUGCAGUCCUGUGAACAUUUGCCAGAGGAUAAAAGUUUGAAAGGCAGUCGAGUGAGUGAGCUGUUGUUGGAGCUAGAUGAAACUGCUGUUGAGGAACUGAUUGAUGUUUUUUCAAACUGUCUAUGGUCUCAAUACGGAGCUCAAGAUAGAAGCAGUGCCGCAGCUCAUGUGUUUGUUAUUGAUAAAAAAGGCAAUGAACCAGAAUCCCAAAAGGAUGCCAUGGCUACAGGAAAAAAGAGAAGAAAAAGAAAGAAGAAGAAGAGUGAGCCUGAGUUGAGAUCCCUUAUUGUUGAUGAUGAUAAUGGUUUAGAAAUUGAUUCCUAUAUGCUGACUGAUGCAGAGUUCAAAAAACAAGAUGGGAGAAAAGAGUCAACUGAAAGCAAUUUGCUCAGAAUCAGUAUCUCUGAGCAGGGUGAGAAAGACCUUAUGGAGCUGACAUUCAGUUCUGACAAUAACAAUAAAAGCAGUAAUAAUCCAUUUCCGGAUGAUAUUAUGUUAAUUGGUAUGGUGUCACCAACUACCUGUCAGCAGGAUGGUUUUUACUUGGACAGGACCUCAACAUCCUCUAGCAAAAAAAGAAAUGUAACUAAACAAAUAAUCCCUUCAAGCCAUGCCAGUGACUCUGGAGAAUCAGAAGUAGAAAUUCUAAAAGACAAUUUGGAUUUAUCGUGUCUCUCUUCAAGUAAAAGCAUGUUGUCCAGAAAGAGGCGGCUGGAUGACUCUGAGGUGAUAGACAUCACUGAUGAAACACAUGUUGGUCAGGCCAACAGGCCUAAAAAGAUUAAACUUGCUGCAUCCAGUACAAGCGAGAGUGAUGAUGUAGAGAUAUGUCACACUAAACUAAAAGAAAAUGUGCCCAAAAUGAGCAUUCCUCAGAUGAGCUCAACAAAUGAUGUUGUUGAUAUUUCAGAUGACCUUGAUGACAUUGCAAAAGACAAUGGAGAUAAAUCUGAUGUACAAGGAGAUGAAAUAUACUUCGUCUCCCCAAAAAAAAUAAAAAAUAGUCCUUUAAAAAUGUCUCCCUCACCACUGAAGAAAGGACUUAAAGAAGUUAUACAUAUUCUAGAAGACCAGUCAGCUAGCAUUGAGAAUGAAGUAAAUAAAAUAAACCAUUCUGAGGAGCUACAAGUUCAGAAUAUGGAUUCACCACAAAAAACAAAAGCUAAUUCUAAUUCUAAGAAAUCUCCCUUAAAACAAAAAGAUUCUCAAGUUCUUGAGGAGGCAAAUGAUGUCCAGUAUGAAGAGAAAGAAAGUGAGGAUGAAGUUGUACAAAUGAACCAAAGUGACAACCUUGAAAAAGAAGUAGAUGUUGUGGAAACAGCCUCUGUCAAAAGUCCACUGAAGAGUAAAUUCAUUACUAGGCUUGAAGAUGAAUCCCCUGAUGCUCAGCCUGGUGCACCAUCUACCACUGAACAGAAGAUCAGCUUGAUGCUCACUCAGAUCAGACAGUCUGUAAAGGUAGUAGAUGAGAAACCAUUGACAAACAUUAAGACUCGAUUCCGUACAAAGUCUGAGACUAACGUGUGCUCAGACAAAACAGAAGCUCAUAAAAGUAAAGAAACAUUAUCUGAUUGGCUUAGAAAGCCAUCUAAGGCUGUAAAGUUAGCAGAGGAUGCUGUGAUUGCUAAUAUGAAUAAUGAUAAAGUGGGAAUCAUUAAUAAAAAAGUAUUAAUUGAAGCACCUGGUAAAAGACAGUCACCUAGAACAAAGUCAAACAAGUCCAUAAAUCAGAAUGAAACAAAGACACAGAUAGCAUCUAUUGGUAGCUUAAUCAGAGAGAGGCACACCAUUGACAGUGAAGAGGAAUCAAUGAAAUCAACACCCAAAAAGAAAAGUCCAAGCCAGCAAUCACCUUUUAAGAGAUCCUAUUUUUUGAGGAAUAAACAUUUGGCUGGAUCCCCUUCAAAAUGUGAAGUCUGUUCACAGGACAAUAAAUGUUUAGAGCAUUUGGGUGGUCAGACGCCUAAAAAUCCAGACACUGGGAGAAGUCAAAAAAUUAAGAAGUUAAAUAGUGAUUCACCCCUUUCACUAUCAACUCCAACUAGAAAACGGCCGUCAACACCAAAGAUUUGAAAUAAUAUUGAUUUAAUUUAUGACAAUAAAAUGUUACAUUUUUAUUUUAA